GGCGACAGAAGCACCGAUUUCGAACCCCGCCCGUCGGCCGUUCCCUCCGCCUUCCCAGCAGCAGCGAACGCCGUCCGCCGUCGACCGUCGUCCACCUGAGACCCAAGCAACAGCAGCGAGGAGAGGAAGGGGUAUCAGCGUUAAAAUUGAAGCUGCCAAACGAUGGUAGCUAAGAAAGGGGGAAGUAAAGCAGAAGAUGCCGUAGAGGAUUUGGCUCGUGUUCCAUUGCAAGCAAUCCUCUUGGCCGAUAGCUUCACCACAAAGUUCCGGCCUAUCACCCUUGAAUGCCCAAAGGUACUUUUACCAUUGGUCAACUCCCCUAUGAUUGAUUACACUUUGGCAUGGCUUGAAUCUGCUGGUGUUGAAGAAGUCUUUGUGUUCUGUUGUUCUCAUUCUAAGCAAAUAAUUAAUUAUUUGGACAAAUCCAAUUGGGUCAACCAACCAAACUUUUCUGUCACAACAAUCGAAUCACUCAAUUGUAUCAGCGCUGGGGAUGCUUUGCGCAUAAUAUAUGAGCGUAAUGUGAUACAAGGUGAUUUCAUACUUGUUAGUGGAGAUACAGUCAGCAACAUGAUGCUUACACAGGCACUUCAUGAACACAAGGAUAGACGACGAAAGGACAACAAUGCUGUGAUGACAAUGGUUAUUAAGCAAUCAAAACCUUCUCAAGUUACUCGCCAAACACGGCUUGGAACUGAUGAGUUAAUUAUGGCAAUUGAUCCUGGUACAAAGCAGCUGCUGUAUUAUGAGGACAAGGCAGAUGAUCUCAAAGGGACCGUGACACUUGAUAAGGCAUUUCUUGCUGAAAAUCCUUCUAUAUCUCUACAGAAUGAUAAACAAGAUUGUUAUAUAGACAUAUGCACCCCUGAAGUACUCAGCCUUUUUACUGACAAUUUCGAUUAUCAGCAUCUACGUCGUCACUUUGUUAAGGGAUUGCUUCUUGAUGAUAUUAUGGGUUAUAAAAUAUUCACUCAUGAAAUUCAUUCAAGUUAUGCUGCAAGGAUUGAUAACUUUCGAAGCUAUGACUCAAUAAGUAAGGAUAUAAUUCAGAGGUGGACGUACCCGCUGGUGCCAGAUGUGCAGUUUUCGAUAAAUAGUGCUGCCAGACUUGAAAGACAUGGCAUCUAUCGGGCAUCAGAUAUAGCACAAUCACGUUCUGCGCAGGUUGGACCAUUUACCUAUAUUGGGAAAGGCAGUACUAUUGGAAACAACACGGUAAUUUCAAAUUCAGUUGUCGGGGAUGGUUGUAAAAUUGGAUCUAAUGUUUCUGUUGAUGGCUGCUAUAUUUGGCAUAACGUUACCAUAGAAGAUGGUUGCAAACUAAGACACUCAAUAUUAUGUGAUGGGGUCAUCAUGAAGUCUGGAGCAAUUCUGGAACCAGGUGUUGUUUUGUCCUUCAAGGUUGUAGUUGGACAAGAAUUUGUUGUUCCCGCCUACUCGAAAGUUUCCUUACUUCCACAGCCUGUGAAACAAGAUAGUGAUGAGGAGCUCGAAUAUGCUGACAGUAACAGUGGGAUCAUAUCCACCACGAACACCCUAGAGAAUGGGGAUUCAACUAAUGAUCUGUCUGAAAUCCAAUACUCAGCUUCAUCAGAUAUUGGUAACGGUGGCCGUGGUUUCAUAUGGUCUAUAAGUGAAAUUGCCCGUGAAGAAGAUUGGAGGCAUUCAGUCGCACCAAUUCCUGCACAGAAACUUAUCGAGCUUACUCAAGCAGUUUAUGAUGAUCUUGAAUUUCCCGAUCAAGAUGACCCUCUUCUUCCACUUGCUGAUGAAAGAGAAUCAGCUACAGAGUCUGAAGAUGAUACUAGGGAUGAGUCUCAGUAUUUUGAGAGAGAGGUUGAAGCAACAUUCUUGAGGGCUGUUCAUGAAAAUGUCAAAGAAGACCAUAUAAUCCUAGAAGUGAACUCACUUCGGUUGUCACACAACAUGGCUCUUGAGAACUGCGCUAGUGCAUUGUUUUAUUCCAUGAUGAAAUUGGCACUAGAUACUCCACACCAUUCAGCUACUGAUUUGGUCAAGAAUACCAAUGAUGUCAUUUCACGUUGGGGGAAACUACUGAAGCCUUACCUUCAAGGUAUAGAUGAUGAAAUUGAAGUGAUACUGAAAUUCGAGGAAAUGUGUUUGGAGUCCGGCAAGGAGUACGCCCCACUGUUUGUACAGGUUUUGCACCUUCUGUAUGACAAAGAUAUUAUACAAGAAGAGGCUAUUCUCAACUGGGCAAAUGAAAAAGAAGAUGCAGAUGAAUCAGAUAAGGUCUUUGUCAAGCAAUCAGAGAAGUUCAUCCAAUGGCUGAACGAGGCAUCGGAAGAAGAGGAUUGAGAAUGUGGUCAAAAAAUUGAUUACCUCACAGAAACUGAUUUGAAAUGGUUGAACAAGGUGAGGUAGUAAAGCAAUGCGGGUAGCGGAGGAGUCCGAUAUGGUUUUUUUGCCUCACGAAAAGCAAAGUUUUGAUCAACAUGAUUACAGGGGAAGGAGGUGGAGAAAAACACGGUUCUUUGAUCUACCAAUGGGUUAGUUUUUCAGUUGUCUAAACCUAUGUUUUUGCAAACAUUUUGGAUUGUUUCAUGGUUCCUACAAAUAUUUAAGCAUAGAUUAAAGUUUUGGUAGGGAUUUAGGCAAGACCGAUUUCCUAUUGCUUUUGUUACUCAAAAGGUUCUCCAGUUUCUAUAAUCGAAGAGAGAGGGUGUGUUUAAUAUU